AUGAGCUCUGAUCUUUUUCGCGAACUAACUGCAGUUGAGGAGUUAGAACGAGAAGCCAAACUUCUAGCUAGGUGUAAGGAUAAUUUUGUAUACAAAAGACCUGUGGGCAUAUCCGUGUUUUUCCGCGAGCCUAUAGCUACUGCUCGAGCUGAGAACAAGAAAGAGCUGGAAAAGGCUCGAGAAGCUGAAAAACAGGAGAAAUCAACGCCAAAUCAACGUCACACGGCCGCUGUUGUCGUCCUUGGCGAUAUUGGGCGUAGUCCUCGUAUGUGCUACCAUGCAUAUUCCCUGGCUACUCAGUUGGAUUACAACGUGAAGUUGGUGGGAUAUCUCGACUCAGUUCCUCAUCCAAUGGUACAUAAUAAUCCGUAUAUCAAGUAG